CCCAGCUUUGGACUUCCUAAAAAUCCUUUCGCAGUGACCAGCCCCACUUGCUAACGUGACAUAAAGCAGCUCCUUCCGCCCUCCCUGCAGUGACUUUGGCCAGGAGUAGAGUGGCGGGCACAGAGGUCCGUCAAUGCCGCCCCUGGCAGGAUCCGAGGAACGGUGGCAGCCAUGCUCCCCCCUGGCCCCCCGCGCUAAGCUGCAUGGUGUGGGUGCCCUUGGGACCCCGGAGGACUGACUGUCUGCCCUUGCUUCACGCCCCCGACAUCAACUCCUCCAAGAUGUCUCUCGAGUGGCUGGUGGCCUGGAGCUGGUCGCUGGAUGGCCUGAGGGACUGCAUCGCCACGGGCAUCCAGUCCGUGCGGGACUGUGACACCACCGCUGUGGUCACCGUGGCCUGCCUGCUGGUCCUGUUCGUGUGGUACUGUUACCACGUGGGCCGGGAGCAGCCCCGGCCCUACGCCUCCGUCAACUCGCUCAUGCAGGGCCCCGAUGCCGGCGGGCUGCAGAACGGCUACGUGUACUGCCAGUCCCCCGAGUGCGUGCGCUGCACCCACAACGAGGGCCUCAACCAGAAGCUCUACCACAACCUGCAGGAGUACGCCAAGCGCUACUCCUGGUCCGGCAUGGGCCGCAUCCACAAGGGCAUCCGCGAGCAGGGCCGCUACCUCAACAGCCGGCCGUCCAUCCAGAAGCCCGAGGUCUUCUUCCUGCCCGACCUCCCCACCACGCCCUACUUCUCCCGGGACGCACAGAAGCACGACGUGGAGCUGCUGGAGCGGAACUUCCAGACCAUCCUGUGCGAGUUUGAGACCCUCUACAAGGCUUUCUCAAACUGCAGCCUCCCGCAAGGAUGGAAAAUGAACAGCACGUCCAGCGGGGAGUGGGUCACCUUUUACUUGGUCAACCAGGGGGUUUGUGUCCCCAGGAACUGCAGGAAGUGCCCACGGACGUACCGCUUGCUCGGAAGCCUUCGAACCUGUAUUGGGAACAAUGUUUUUGGGAACGCGUGCAUCUCCGUGCUGAGCCCUGGGACUGUGAUAACGGAGCACUAUGGCCCCACCAACAUCCGCAUCCGAUGCCACUUAGGUCUGAAAACUCCCAGCGGCUGUGAGCUGGUGGUGGGGGGAGAGCCCCAGUGUUGGGCAGAGGGCCGCUGCCUCCUCUUCGAUGAUUCUUUCCUGCACACUGCAUUCCACGAAGGUUCAGCAGAGGAUGGCCCACGGGUGGUUUUCAUGGUGGAUCUGUGGCAUCCAAAUGUCGCAGCCGCCGAACGGCAGGCCCUGGAUUUCAUCUUUGCUCCGGGACGAUGAGAACAUUCCCGUGCUGGAGCCGGCGAGAGUGGCCGCGGGUCAGCAUGGGCGGUCUGGGGUCCGGUCUGGCCCCCCGCAUUGCGAGUCCACGCUCAGAAACCUGCCUCAGCAGAGAGCUCUUCGUGGGAUUUUUACAUCGCGUGGGGUCCCGCUUUCCUUUGGUUGUUGUAAACGGGAAAUUUUCAGCUUGUAUUUCCUUAGAUUUUUUUCCUUCCGAUCAUCUGCUUCUGCGAUUCCUUUCUGCCUAAUAGUGCGUUACUUUGCUCCGUGACCAGAGGCGGUGCCCCUCUUGUCUGUGUCAUGUUGCUCCGUGGUUUUUUCAGUGCUCUGAAAUAGAGUAACCAAAUGGUUAUUUGUCUGAAUGUAAUAAUGUAAAACUU